AUGACUCGGUGCAUUAUUUUUUAUUUAUUGUUGACCACAUUUUGUGUUGGUUCACAAGAUAUAUAUGAUAUGUUCAAUGAUGUAAAAGAUCAAGUUAUUGAAAAAGUUGAUUAUGCAUCAACAAAAGUUAAAGAAAAAGUUCAAAAACACGUACAGAAACUUAAAGAUGGUGGAACAUGUUCAGCAACACAUACAACUGAAUAUCGAACAGUAUUAACUGCAUAUCGUCAUGUAGUAAAAGAUUGGCUUGAAAAAUUUCCGUCAAAAGAUGGUAAAGACUAUCGUCUAUUAGUUGAAUUAUCUGCAAGUGAAUUCGAUCGACUUAAUCAAUUUGCUUCAUCGACACGUUAUGAAGAAAAAGAUGUACUUCAUGAAAUUCAUGUAAUAUCUGAUCUCCUCAAACGUAUGGUAUAUCAAAUAGAAGAUACAACAUAUGUUAAUAGUUUGUCAUGGUCAGGAUGGUUACGAUCAUUUGAUAUUAAUACAAUAAUUAAAAGUGUUCUGGUUCUGAUCAGUAUUGGAGCAAUAAGUUUUAUUAGCAUUCGUACUCAUCUUCGUCGUGGUCGAUGGUUUACAACAUUUUUUAUAGUUACAUUUAUUGUUUCUGUUAUACAAAAUUGGUAUACACUUUAUCAAGAAGCACAAGCAAAAGUCGAUGAAGUUCUUAUGAAAAAAUUACCAAAACAUUGUCAAGGUCAAUCAAUGGGAUUUUUUGAUAUGAUUAAAUCUAAACUUGGAAAUUUUGUUCAAUUACCAACAAAUGAAUGUUUAGAAUAUCAUAAAGCAUUACGUGCUACACCUCACUCACAAGUAACACCAGUUCAGGCUUUAUCGAUGACUUUUGCUCAAUUAUUUGUUACACCACUUGGAACAAUAGGUGAAAGUUUAUCACAAUUUUUUGCUGGUACUAUGCGUCAUGUACCUUUUAUGCUUUGGCCAAUUAUUAUUCUUUUAAUCUUAUUUAUUGUUCUUGUUCUUAUUUUAAUGUAUUCUCGAUAUGAAAUACAUUUACCUUUUAUGAUGGGUUCUCUUCGUCCAUCUCCUCAUGCAGCUAUAUCAAGAACAACGCAGAUUAUAGAACAAUUAGAAGGUUCAUCAAAUAAUGCUUCUCAUGCAGCUUUACCAAGAACAACACGCGCUACAGAGCAAAUAGAAGAUUCAUUUAAUAGAUCUCCACGUGCAGCUUCUCUAAGAAGAACGCAUAUUACAGAGCAGAUAGAAGAUUCAUCGAAUAAAUCUCGUCAUGCAGCUUUACCACCAACAACAACACACAUUACGGAACAAAUAGAAGAUUCAUCUAAUAGAUCUCCUCGUGCAGCUUCCCCAAGAAGAAUGUAUAUUACAGAACAAACAGAAGAUUCACCAAAAACAUCGCCAGACAUUGGCUUUAAACAGGAAUUUCUUCCUAACUAA